AUGUCUCGCGACUCCCUGGCUGCUUUUCGUAAGUCGCCUCCUUCGGAGGACCUCGCCGCCAUCGCCGAGAAGCAUCUCGAGCAUGACCUACUCGACUCGGACCGUGACCUGCUCAAGACGGCCGCCAACAAGGUCCGCACGCACGCCGUCAUCGGCUCCGCCAUCGGCCUGGGGUUCGGCAUCUUCCUCGCCUCCAGGCUGAGGCGGGCGCGCGCCGAAAUGUUCGCCGCCUUCCGGGCCGCAGAGAAGCCGACGCACGUGAAGUUUGCAGACGGGAGGACAGAACCUAUACCUGAUCUGACGGAGGAGCUGGCGCCGACGAGGGCCGGCGACAUCGCGACGUACUCGCUGCUCGGCCUUGGGAGCCUCUUCCUGGGCGGCGAGCUCGGCUUCCUCUCCGGGACCUCGGCUGCGUCCAGGACCAUUAACAGAGACCCCGUGAGCCGCGCGAGGAUCGAGACCGCUUUUAGGAAGUUCAGGGCCGAGGCCCUAAGGAAGGAGGCCGAGCGGCUGGAUGGGGGUGGGAGGAUCCUCGACAAGAUUUUCUAA